GGAGGACUCAGUGAUGGCCUGGGANCCCACAUCCCUGCUCUCCCCAGUGCUGCUGCUGCUCCUGGCCUCAGGCUCCUGGACACAGGACCUGGAGUUGCAUCGAGCACAGGAGGGCAAGACUGUUUCUGUGACAUGCUGGUAUGAUCCCAUCUACCACUACAAUGAGAAGAUCUGGUGUAAGCAAAUAGAAUCCCUUUGUCACCCCUCCGUGACGAGUGUCAGCACAGGUGACAAGAAGCUAAGAUUCUCCAUCCAGCAGUCUUCUCGGUUCAACUACUUCACUGUCACCAUGACUGAUCUCAAGAUAGGUGACUCGGGUGUCUAUCAUUUUGGGAUCACUGCUAAUAACAGGAUAAUUGUUUUCAGGAGUAUCCGCCUGGAGGUGUCAAAAGUCUCAUACACGACCUCCUGGAGGACGACAGCCCUGGCCUCUACCCACAGCCCCGUCACUGACAGACGAUCUCCAGAAAGCCCGAUGUGGAAGGCCAUCAUUGCGGGGGUGGUCGUGGCUGUUCUGCUACUGCUCACACUCAUCAUCCUUGUGAUCCUGUACCUGAGGAAAGCUCGAGGGAAGGCCCUGAACGUUCAGAACCAGUGUCACCCUAUCUAUGAAGACUUUUCAGGCCAGAAGGAGGAGACCACUAGCUUCAAUCAGCAGGGCCACUCCAGUGAGGACACUGGGACCAUCUGCUAUGCCUCUCUCAUCCACCUGAAUCACGUGAACCCUCAGGACUCCAUCUACAACAACACCCAGCCCUACCCGAAGCCCUCUCCUGACCCACUUCUGUCUGUGGAAUACGCCAGCAUCUCUAGAAACAGACUCGGGUCUUCCGAGCCAGAUGACCCAAGAGGUGGAGACCAGCAACUGAGAGCUGAGCUCCCAGGACAGUGAGCAUGUAGGUACAA